AUGGACAACAACCGCUACGUAUUCCUGCUUGGGGACCUCAUGUCCCAGGUUUCCGAGCUUCCUCUGGAGCACCGACGCACCUGGGCAGAGCUGGCCGCAAGGUGCUCGGUCUCCGACCUUUGGACCUCCACAUACUUCCAGCAGCACCUGCAGAGCCUCCUGCAAGUGUGGCCGCUAGUGUCCGAGCCGAUGGCCAGACUGCUCGCCGAGUCCUUGCUGGGUAAGGAGAGUCAGAGUCUUGGGACUGCGGUCUCGGAGCUUUCCAUUCUCGAGCGCAUGCUGCGCUUCCAGCAGGCUUGGCCAGCAGAUGCGAAGAGUUGGGAGUGGCAUGGGCCUGCUCUUGGGACCUGUGGGUGGCAGAAGCUGUCGCCUGAACACUGUUUGGCCGCGUUUAUGUUGGCUCGGACCGGCGACCACCAGGGCGCCGUGAGCGGCCUCCUGGCACGCUUUCCGCAGGAAGACGGAUUCCUGGCACAGUGCAUCUUCACAGCAGCACUGGACUGCUGUCCGGCGCACCUCCACGUAAAGAUCGUGUCCCGCCUCUGUGAGACGCUUUGCCGGGAGCUUCUGCCGGAACGGCUCUUAACCAUACCGGUCAACGAGCUGGAGAGCGAGCGUCGCCCAAUGGCCGUGGACGAGGAUGGCCGCGUGCAGCUGCGCCCUUCCAGCCCGCAGGAAAAGGAACACGUGGAGGACUUACAAGUGAUUUAG